AAUCCUUUAACAACUCAAUCAGCCAAUCCUCCUCGGCGGAUUUGGACAACUGAAGAAGACACUGCACUAGUGAAGGCAUAUCUGUACAUUAGUGUUGAUGCAAUAAUAGGAAGGGAGCAGUCAGGUGGCACAAUGUGGAAUCAGAUCUUGAAAGUUUGGAGAGAAAUAUGGGAACUUAUGAUGAGGACCGCAAUCCUAAUGCUCUAUCGUGCCGAUGGGGUAUCAUACAAGCUGCAGUUAACAAGUUUCACGGACAUUAUGAAUCACUCAACAGAAAUCCGAAAAGCGGAACUUCAAUCGAACUUAUGAAAAGUCAAGCUUUAAAAAUGUACAAAACGUUGGAGGGAACCACAUUCAGGUUUGAGCAUUGUUGGGAGGUUAUGAGAAAAAAUCCGAAAUGGUGUUCUCAGCAGCUUACAAAGCCUGGCUCCUCAAAGAAAGAUAAACCAGUAGAUGUCAUCAAUCUCGACACUCUAAAGGAACCAAUUACAUCAACUGAAGGAAGUGAGGACAACAAAAGUGAGGGUGUUCCUCGCCCAGAUGAAGGAAGAAAGUUGAGUAAGGAGAAUGCUAAGAAAGCCCAUGAACAGAAGGGAGUGAUUGGAUUUUUGACCAGCUAUCAGUCCACCAUAGAGAAACAAAAUGUGUUUAGCCAAAAAGAGUUGGAGCUGAAGAUUGAGAAAGAGAGAAAAGAAUUUGAACUUAUGAAAGAAGAUUUGGCUCUGAAAAAAAAGGCUUACGAGCUAAAGGAAGAAGCUCGAAAGAAGAAAGAGAUGAUAGCAGAACGCAUUGAAGAAGAACGCAUCCUGAAUAAGGACCUUGAUAAAAUGCAACCAGUUCUGAGAAAAGCUUACAAAAUAAUCCAGGCUCGUAUACUGAAGAAGUGGAAAGAAGAUGGGACUUUGGGGAAUGAUUCUGAGAGCAGCGACGAUAGUAUUUGAGUUGUUUCU